GAAUAGGAAGACGAAAGAGACAGUGCCACAGUAGAGGGAGGAGAACGACAAUUGGCGGAAAAAGAGGUUACUAUUUUUUUUUUUUUCCACCCAGUGGGCCCACAUUAUAAACUAUAGCCCAUGAGCCACAGCCGGCCCAUUUUGCAAUGUCGUCUGACAGGUUUUACUUCUUCUUCAUUAAUUCGAGUUCGAGACGCAGCAGUUCAGUCUCUGGUUAUCAACUGUUUAUUCUAUCGAUGAAUUUAGCAACCUCCGGUUUCAGACCCACCUUGAAACCAACUUUAACUAUUCCAAUAUUGGAGACCUUGUUGCACCAAUGUCAAAUCCCCAAGCACUUCAAUCAAAUUCUUUCUCAAAUGAUUAUCACUGGAUUCCUGAAAGACACGUUUGCUGCAAGUAGACUUCUCAAGUUCUCUACCGAUUCACCCUUCAUUGACUUCAACCGUUCUCGUCAAAUCUUCACUCGCAUUGAAAGCCCAAAUGGGUUCAUUUAUAAUACCAUGAUGAGAGCUUGUCUUCAAAGAAAUUCCCCACAUUAUUGUCUGUGUAUAUAUAAAUUGAUGUUGCAAGAGUUUGUUGAAUCUGAUAAUUACACGUAUCCGAUUUUAGUUCAGUCUUGCUCUGUUAGACAAGCGGAGUUUGAAGGGAAAUUGAUUCACUGUCAUGUUUUGAAAAUGGGUUUUAAUUCUGAUGUGUAUGUAAAGAAUACUUUGAUAAAUAUGUACGCAGUUUGCGAGAACUUGAGUGAUGCACGUGAAGUAUUUGACGAAAGUCCUAUUUUGGACUUGGUUUCUUGGAACUCGAUCUUGGCAGGGUAUGUUUCGAUAGGAGAUGUGGAGGAGGCUAAGUGUAUAUACUAUAGGAUGCCGGAAAGGAAUGUCAUUGCUUCAAAUUCAAUGAUUGUGUUGUUUGGUAAGAAAGGUAACGUUGCAGAUGCUUAUAGGCUGUUCAGCGAAAUGCCUAAAAGAGAUUUGGUAUCAUGGAGCGCAUUGAUUUCUUGCUAUGAGCAGAAUGAAAUGCAUGAGGAUGCUUUAAUCAUGUUUAAGCAAAUGAAAGCUGAUGGAAUCUUGUUGGAUGAAGUUGUAGUGGUUAGCGUUCUUUCAGCAUGUGCUCGCUUGCUGGUGGUUAGGACAGGGAAAUUGAUCCACAGUUUGGCCGUUAAAAUUGGAAUUGAAUGUUAUGUUAAUCUUCAAAAUGCUUUGAUUCACAUGUAUUCAACUUGCAGAGAAGUAGAGGCUGCACAAAAGUUAUUCGACAGGGGUUGCUGCUUGGACCAGAUUUCUUGGAAUUCUAUGAUCUCUGGGUACUUAAAAUGUGGGGAAGUUGAAAAGGCAAAAGCUUUAUUUGACUCCAUGCCUGAGAAGGAUAUUGUCUCAUGGACUGCAAUGAUAUCAGGUUAUGCUCAACAUGGCAGAUUUGCGGAGAGUUUGAUGUUGUUCCAAGAAAUGCAGCUUGAUGGAAUCAAGCCUGAUGAAACAACUUUGGUAAGUCUAAUCUCAGCUUGCACUCAUUUGGCUGCCCUUGAUCAAGGUAAAUGGAUCCAUGCUUAUGUAAGGAAGAAUGAUCUGAAAAUUAAUGUCAUGCUUGGCACAACUCUUAUAGACAUGUACAUGAAAUUUGGUUGUGUUGAAAAUGCUUUGGAGGUUUUCGAUGGGAUGGAGGAAAAAGGGAUUUCCACUUGGAAUGCUGUCAUUCUUGGUCUGGCAAUGAAUGGUUUAGUUGACAAGUCACUUGAUACAUAUUCAGAAAUGAAAGAAUGUGGUGUGGUGCCUAAUGAGAUAACCUUCAUGGCAGUUCUUGGAGCAUGUAGACACAUGGGCUUAGUGGAUGAAGGGCACCGCCAUUUUAAUUCCAUGAUUCAAGAGCAUGGGAUUGAACCCAAUGUUAAACAUUAUGGAUGCAUGGUUGAUCUUCUAGGCCGUGCAGGUCUACUAAAAGAAGCAGAGGAACUCAUUGAGAAUAUGCCAAUGGCACCAGAUGUUUCUACUUGGGGAGCCUUGCUUGGGGCUUGUAAGAAAUAUGGUGAUAAUGAAAUGGGGGAAAGAAUCGGAAGGAAGCUCAUAGAACUUCAGCCUGCCCAUGAAGGAUUCCAUGUAUUACUAUCUAAUAUAUAUGCUUCAAAAGGUAACUGGGAUAGUGUUCUUGAGAUUAGGGGGAUGAUGACACAACAUGGGGUGGUGAAGACCCCUGGGUGCAGCAUGAUUGAAGCAAAUGGAACAGUUCAUGAAUUUCUCGCAGGAGAUAAGACACACCCUCAGAUUAAAGAUAUUGAAAAUAUGCUAGAUCAAAUGGCCAAGAAAUUAAAGAUGGAAGGUUAUGCACCAGCAACACAUGUGGUUUCCCUUGACAUCGAUGAGGAAGAGAAGGAAACUACUUUGUUUAGACAUAGCGAGAAGCUCGCAAUUGCCUUUGGGCUUAUAACCAUUAAACCACCAACGCCAAUAAGGAUAAUUAAGAAUUUACGAAUAUGCAAUGAUUGUCACAUAGCAGCAAAGCUAAUUUCUAGAGCUUUUGACCGUGAAAUCGUGGUGAGGGAUCGCCAUCGCUUCCACCAUUUCAAGCAGGGUUCUUGCUCAUGUAUGGAUUAUUGGUAAUAGAAUAGCAGAGAAGACAGAAGCAAGUGGAAAUGCAGCUGUUUUUCUGUAUGCUGCCUGCCUAGAAAAGUGAGCAAUGCACCUUUGAGAACUGGGAAAGAAAAAGUUUUUCUAUUAAUUUCAAGGAGGCAACCUGAGGAUAAGACCUAACCAAUGGUGGUGACACUCUACAGAUGGCAAUGAUUGAUAGAUAAACUCUAGUGGCCAUCAUGCUAUGACUCGUACAUAUUUAUAUGCUUUUACAGUGUACUAAAUCAGAUUGCCAUAUUCCCUUUACAAUGAAAAACAGGUCUAUCCUUGUGGCUCUGGCUGCUAGAAAAUUUGCGGAUAUACAGCCACACAGAAGGAAGCUGUUGUACAUGUCAGACUACAAAGUGAGAUUUUAUAGAGAUCUGUAUUACUUGACAUUUUAUAGAGAUCUGUAUUACUUAAGCUCUUGAUGCUUUUUUCAUUUGUGGACACAUGAAAACAAAAUGUAUCAUCAAUCCAAAUUCGUGUAUUCCUAGAAAAGAAUGUGUUAUUCACAAACAAUGCCAGUUGCUUAAGUUGCCUUGUCUU